GCGACCAUUUUCUGCAAACGUUUUGAACCAAAAUCGGGCAAAAUCAAAACAUCAUAAUGUGAAAUAACUGAUGUAUAAUUUUUUCAUGCAUUGUUUGGACACUGUUUCGCUUAAACACCAGAUUCUUCUGUUAAUCUUUCGUCCGAAGUAAUCUCCAGCAAUGGAACAGAAUGGAUCUAAUGCCCAAGACAGCCAUAGUGAGGUGUCGGACCUGAGCCCAGCCCCUGGUCCCGUCCGCGGCCCGGGUCCCUGCCCCGUAGGAACCCAGAAGGACGGGGAGACGGGUCCUGUCUACUGUGUCUGUCGCAGACCUGACAUUAACUGUUUCAUGAUUGGUUGUGAUUGCUGUACUGAAUGGUACCAUGGAGACUGCAUCGGCAUAUCAGAGAAGGCAGCCAAGGCCAUCCGGGUGUGGUACUGCGACAAGUGUCGAGCCAAAGACGGGAGUCUGGAGAUUAAGUAUCGUCCCAAGAAGACGAAGGAACCCAAGGUUAAACUGGAGAACGAGACAGAGAACAUGGAGAAGCAGAACCCUGAUACUCCAGAUCUGAAGAUAGAACGGCGUCGGGGUUCUCGAGUGAAGCGUUCAGCUCGAAUGUGUGGAGAGUGUGAGCCCUGCCGCAGGACGGAGGACUGUGCCCAGUGCGACUUCUGUAAAGACAUGAAGAAGUUCGGAGGGCCCAAUAAAAUCCGACAGAAAUGCAGACUCAGGCAGUGUGAUGUUCGCGCCCGGUCAGAUUUACUUCCUGGUCCGGUCCACUCUGGUCCAAUGGGGUCUGAGGUGAACCGAAGACUCAAAACGCUGGGGGUGAAGGAUGAGGAGUUGACCCCAUCGGGACGCGGGGGCCGGGCGAGUCUGAAGAGGGGGGAGCAUCUGUCUGAUGACUACAGCGAGAACGAACUGGAGCUAUACCAACACUACAGGGCUGGAUACCAGGAUGACAUGCCAUGGCACAGUGAUGAAGAUGAGGAGGGGACCUUUGACCCCGUGCAGCGGAAGAGAGCCGUCAAGGUCAAACAUGUCAAGAGGCGAGAGAAGAGAUCGGAGAAGAAAGAGAAGAAAGAGAAGGAGGGGAAGGAGGUGCGUCGUCACAAGCAGAAGCAGAAGCACCGUGAGCGAGGGAGGUGCAGCGAGAGAGGGGCUGGGGCCGAGGUCCGGGUGGACGGGGCCGGGCCGGGGGCCAUGAAACAGUGUUUGGGCCCCGGUUGUGUCGAGGUUGCCAGGUCUGGCUCCAAAUACUGCUCCGAAGACUGCGGCAUGAAGCUGGCGGCCAAUCGUAUCUAUGAGAUCCUGCCUCAGCGGAUCCAGCAGUGGCAGCAGUCCCCGUGUGUGGCGGAGGAGCAGGGCAAGAAGCUCUUGGAGCGCAUCCGGAGGGACCAGCAGUCAGCCCGGCUGAGACUCACUGACAUGGAGAAACGCUUCCACGAGCUGGAGGGGAUCAUCGCCAAGGCCAAGCAACAGGGGGUGCAACAGGAUGAGGAGGUGAAUGAGGGAGAGGGUGACGCUGACACGGACCUUCAGAUAUUCUGUGUGUCCUGCAGUCACCCCAUCAACCCCAAGGUGGCGCUACGGCACAUGGAGCGAUGCUACGCUAAGUACGAGAGCCAGACCUCCUUUGGAUCCAUGUAUCCCACACGCAUCGAUGGUGCAACCAGACUGUUCUGUGAUGUCUACAACCCCCAGAGUAAAACAUACUGCAAGAGACUACAGGUGCUUUGUCCAGAACACUCUAGGGACCCUAAGGUGUCUUUAGAUGAGGUGUGUGGCUGCCCCCUCGUGAGGGACGUCUUCGAGCCCACAGGGGAGUACUGCAGGGUUUCCAAGAGGAAGUGCAACAAACACUACUGCUGGGAGAAACUGAGGAGAGCGGAGGUGGACCUGGAGAGGGUCCGAGUGUGGUACAAGCUGGACGAGCUGUUUGAGCAGGAGAGGAAUGUGCGCACAGCUAUGACCAACAGAGCCGGCCUCCUGGCCCUCAUGCUUCACCAGACCAUCCAGCACGACCCCGUCACCACCGACCUCCGCACUGCCAAGGACAGGUAGGCCGUGGUGACCCAACGACCGGGUCAACCCAGUGACCUCAACUGAAAGAUGGAACCGACCUGUUACCAAGGCAACCCCCUGUACCCACGACCCUGUCUUAUCACCAGCGGUGACCGGUGCCUAUCCAGCCCCUCCUCUUUCCUCUGUGACCCACAAGCCGAUAGCCGUCGCCCCGGUCGAAGAGACUCUUAAUAUAUUAGUAGGAGAAUAAAGGAUCCUGUUCUCAUACUGAACCUACUUCUGCAGAAAACGCACAGGAGAAUUUUCACAGCAGCUAGCUCAGACUUUUUUUUAUUUAAUUUUUUUUUUAAAGCCCUUUCUGAAUGAGCUGCUGUUCUCACAAAAAUAUUUUUUUUUAAACGAUGUUAUCUUUGAAAUGUAUUACGCACAACUACGAAACAAGUACAUUUACUUUACUUUAAUCUCUUUAGUCACAUUGACUUGUGGAUGAAUUCCACUGCAGUGUAAACUUCAUUUUUAGGACCGCAUUUGUUUUCACAUUUGCUGGAGUUUCCCAAACUGAGAAUCUCUCUCAGACUUUCCGGGUUCAUUGUGCACAUUAUACAUAACAAAAUAUAAUAGAGGAAACAUUUACAGGCGGUUGUCUAAUUGCAAAAAUAGUUCACAUGUUGAAAUGUGUACUACAAUUGGCAGUCAGUACAUAACGAGUGUUUCCCAGUGUAACUUAUCUCUUAAAUAACAAUCUUUUUGUUAAACAGCUCUGAGAUUUAACCAUGGUCCUAUAAAGUUUCGGACAAUGACCGUAGCUAUGAGAUGCUAUUGGGAAACCGGGGCCUGGUUUUCACUGUAUUUAAAAAAAUAUAUGUUUUUAAGGAUGUGGUUCGGAUUUUAACCCAACAUUAGUUGGUUUGUUGUUCUGAAGCCAUUAAAAGAGACUUCUGGAGCACACUGCAGCUUUAACACUACAUACGCCAGUAUUAUCAGAAUGAUCCAUUCAUAUGAGGGAAGCCACCUGUUGGGGGGACAGUGGUACUGGAUUACAGUAUUGGCAUCUUUCAUGGGAAUACCCUGAAUAUGUUUUUUUCAAAAGGGACUGAAUAUGAGGACUGGGGGAAGUUAACCCCUUGGAUGCUGAUUCUGCGGCGGUUUUGCAGUUAACGUUUCUGAUUGGUGGAGGGACGUCCUAGAGCUCUACCCAAGGGAAGGAUUAUCCUGGAUCAAGAAAGACUGAGAGAAGGUCUAGAGAAGCUCUGCCUGGGAAAUAAGUCAUAGAUGAAGAACGGAGAAAUGUCAUAUGGCUGGGCCAAACUGGCUGCUCAGAGGUGUCCUCCAGGGUUGGGCUCAAUGAAGUUUUAAUUCCAAUCCAUUCAGGUUUCCACAAUUAUACUAAUUUACAUUUCUAAAAUGCAUUUCAUUGGUUAGGUGUUGUGUGGUAAUUACAAAGUGUGUGUAGAAAGAUGCAACAAUUGCCUGCCAUUGCACUUAUGCACUGAGCAUCCUUGUGUCUAUGAACAGUUGGACAAGCUGACAUCAGAGCUAAAAACAAAACAUGGGCAAAGUGUUUUAAUAAUCUUUUUUUCUAAAUUGUGCAUUAUUAAAGUAAAGAGAACCAUUUCACAUCUCAGGUAGACUGCAAAGACCAGCAUUGACUAAUAUUUGCAAUCUUCUUGUAAUUAUCACGGGUCUCCUGAUCACCAUGGUCAGGUCUGUAGUGAACCACAGAUACUUUUUUUUCUGAAGGUUUUUAAUUGACUUAAAUGAACCCAGGACACCCUGGAAAACAUUAAUAGUUGUUGCUGAGUGGACUGCCAUGGCAAAGUAAAACAUUCACUUAAAUUUCAAUUUUAAGUUAUUCUGACAUUAUUCAAAGUCAUUGUCUUGCAAAGAAACAAUGUAUAUAGUUGGAGAGCUUCCAUUGGUUAUGGAAGCAUGUUGCCUAGGAAUUUAUAACUUAAUAUGAAGUGGAGUUUAUAGUUGUGUGAUACCAUGCACCUAAUUACCUUCAUAAUUAUUUGAAAGUCAUAAUAUUUCUAAAUACACUGUUUCUGUCAUAAUUUCCGACAAUAAAGAAAAGUAGACAAGAAAAAUCCACUAUUUUGAAAGAAACCAGAAACAUGUACAUUGUCAGUCAAAAGUUUGGACACACCCAUUCAAGUGAAUGGGCACGUGUGUCCAAACCUUUGACCGAUCGUGUAUGUGAGCAUUUGAACAUUUACAUUGCCUGGGUUUGAUUAAACUUGCGGCCAACAGAAAACUGCCGAAUGGGAAAAACUAACGUUUGGUUCCCUGUUUGACAUGAGACCAAUUUAAAUGGAGUCAAACCAACCCUGCUACACCUGUCAUGUCCAAUACUGUACCCUAAUAAAACAUGUUGCAGGGCGCAGGUCAAAGGUUGUCCCAACAGGUCAUCUGCAGUACCCCGUUGUACACACCCGGGCCAGAUCCUUAUCAAAUUACAGCAUAGUAACUAACACAAUGUGGUUGGUGUCAGCAGCUGACAUUAACUCCGUAAGUACAGGUUAGGUUAGCAAAAAGUGUUUUAUGACGUUAAUUAGUCUAGCAAUCAGCUACCUACAUUUAUUUAGUCAUCACCCCUUCCCCCAUUGAUUUUUGUCACUCAUGUUUAUUUCUGCCUAUGGCCAGAAUCUGUAAUAUUUCUCUCUGCCUAUGGCCAGAUAGUGUGGAAUUCGUUUGGGUAAGCCACUGCGGCCCCUCGUAAAAAUAAAAUGCUGUCCUUCACAAACAGGGACGUUGCCCAUUCCGUAUAAAGGGACAAAAAUGUGCCAUUUGGUUGCAAAUCAAAGCCGCAAAAGUACCAGUAUUUAUCCUACACUGUAUGUUCUUACUAACCGUUGAGGGUGGUUCGGAGUGCAUUCUGGGAUCUUAAGCACACCAAAUUUGUAUGACGUUACGAAUUGGAUUCGUAACAUCAUGCAAAUGUUAAAAUGUUCCGUUUUGUUGUCAUAACAUGUAACGCUAAAAUGGCUGAUGUAGUACCGGGUUGGAGGAGGAAGUACACAAAAAACGCUCACGAGCACCCCUCACUACUGCUGGCACUUUACUGAGUGCGUCUUUGUCUAAAAUCAUUUUCCAACAGCGUUCACUUAUUAUGUAUCUGCCAAAGUCAACAUUGCAUGUAUUUUGUCUUUUUAAGUGUAGCAAUGAACUUCGAGUUAAAGUACUGUAUGUGUUAGGCUACAAUAAAACAUGCCAACUUUCUUA